CACUGCAUCAUUUCUAGCAAGCCCUCAGAAGAGAGAGAAACAGGAUUCCAAGAGAAAAGGGCUCAGUCUACAGAGAAUUUUUUAGAAAGAGCGAGCAAUUAGUAAUAUUCUAGAGGGAAGAUUUUAGAGAGAGAGAGCGGUGAGGCAGCAGGUUUAGAGCGAGAGGGAGAAUCGUCUGGUAUGACUGUGGAUUGCCGGCUCUCCCUUCAACUUGCUUUCCUCCCUUUCCAUCUCUAUCGAAGAGGCAGCACUGUAAUGGUUUCGACGCUGCGAUCUCGCUUUUGUGAAGCCAAGUAUGGCCCUGAUGACUCUACUACUACCAUCAUCAUCUCGGCCUUGAAGCCAAGCUCGGCUUAUUCACUUUCUUCUUCUCCAUCCAAGACCUUUGUUGCGGUGAUCCGCUCCAUUUCACAUACCAAACUGUAAAUCCCCUCUCUUAAAAACCCUAAUUUCCGUGCUCAAGAUCGUCGCUCAGCAUCCAAUGGCUUCUUUCCUUCAUCCGAUGGCCAUGACUGGUCAAAGCAGCAGGUCUCUGUAUCUUCAAAGGUAUGAUCGUGGUUGGAAUGGGAAGAAGAGGCUCCACCUCCUGGCUGCCUCCAUCACAAUGGGCAGUCAGACGAGGCAUCACCCCUCCUCCACCCCCGCUAUCGAGCAGGUGCAAAAGCUUGCGAGGAAAAUGUUUGCAGAGGAGGUCUCGUUUCGAUCGAAGGAUAAAGAUAUCUCAAUUGCUAAGGCAUUGUUAUGUGUUGCUGCUGAGGAUGAAGCCUUUAUGGCAUUCAAUCGUGAUAUGGAUACUCGCUCAAUAUUAAAUGAAAGGAGGGAAUCUACCUUCGCCAUUGAAUCCCAUUCUGAAUGGGAUAAACUUGAGGACAUCCCUUUGGCUGGCAAGAAUAUAUCUGGUUGGAUGACUGAGUUGGAUACAAUUGCAAAAGAAGUGGAAGCAGAGUUAGUCUCAAGAGACAUAGGUUGCCAUUUGCCUCAGGUUCUGGAGGCUGUAAAUAUGGUUCUUUUUGAGUCUAGGUGCUUUAAAAGAUAUCCUGUACUCGUAGAUUCAAAGCACUCAUACUUGCACUCGGUAAUAAGCUCUGGAAAUUGCAGUGCAAUUAUGUUUAGCAUCAUGUAUAUUGAAGUAUGUAUGAGACUUGGCAUUACCAUGGUAGGAGCUCGAGUUGGGGAAGAUUUUUUGAUAUGGCCCCAAACUGGAGAUUUUGAGGAACUCUUCAAGGUGUAUUCUGGUCGCAGUUUGUUUGCUAUAGUUAAUGGAAGAUGUGUUGAGGAUCCGAGGUCAAGGGCUUUUGACUUGAAUAGUAUGUCACUUUCAGGACUAGAAAUUGCAAGUAAAAGAGAUAUCAUUGGGAUUGCGUUAGCGAAUCUGAUAAGGCUUCAUUGGAAACGUGCUUCUAGGAUGAACCAUGGAUUGAUGUUAACCUCCCCGCUUAGACCCGUCAAUAAUGUCAGUGAUGCAUCAGUCAAGAAAGAUGGUAGUUCUAAGGCCCCUUUAUUGCGCCCUCAAGAGUUGAGGUUGGCUAUCAUGGCAUCAGAGAGGCUUCUGAUUCUGCAACCCCAUAAUUGGGCACUUAGAAGAGACCAUGGAAUGCUCCUGUACCAUUGCAGGAGAUAUGGAGAAGCCGUGCAAGAAUUGAGCAUAUGCAUGGCUUUUGCACCUGUGGAGGAGGCGGAGAUCUUGGAGCCAUUUGUGGAGAAGCUGCACCUACUGAGGCUUGAAUCAUCUUGGAAGUCUUUGGACCACUCCCAUAAACUAGCAAUCCCUUAGGGCGUUUCUUUCAAACUGUGAUGUCCAUUUUGAUUCAUUUCGUGUUUUUGCUCUCACUGGUUAUCGAGCGAUCGAUAUCUUUUACUUUUUGUCUCGGGUCUCAGUCUUACUUUGCCCUUCUUUAUGAUGUUGUUAGUUUGGAUCUGUGCUUUUACUGCUAUUAUGAAUUUUAGGAACCCACAUUUUCCAUUUGGUCUUGA